UCUUCCUUUUCCGGUCCUGGCGGACGCCUCUUCGGUUGGAGUCUCGGCCCGGUGCCCCGGCGUGGGAGGCGACCGUAGUCAUGGCGAUGUUUGAGCAGAUGAGAGCGAACGUUGGCAAGUUGCUCAAGGGUAUCGACAGGUACAAUCCUGAGAAUCUGGCCACGCUGGAGCGGUAUGUGGAGACACAGGCCAAGGAGAAUGCCUAUGAUCUGGAAGCCAACCUGGCCGUCCUGAAGCUGUACCAGUUCAACCCAGCCUUCUUUCAAACCACGGUGACCGCCCAGAUACUGCUAAAGGCCCUCACCAACCUGCCCCACACCGACUUCACACUGUGCAAGUGCAUGAUCGAUCAGGCACAUUCUCAGCAAGAAGAACGACCAAUCCGACAGAUCUUAUACCUCGGGGACCUGCUGGAGACCUGCCACUUCCAGGCCUUCUGGCAAGCCCUGGAUGAAAAUAUGGACCUCCUGGAGGGUAUAACUGGCUUUGAAGACUCCGUCCGAAAAUUUAUCUGCCAUGUUGUGGGCAUCACUUACCAGCACAUUGAUCGCUGGCUACUGGCUGAGAUGCUCGGGGAUCUGACCGACAGCCAGCUAAAGGUGUGGAUGAGCAAAUAUGGCUGGAGCGCUGAUGAGUCGGGCCAGAUAUUUAUCUGUAGCCAGGAGGAGAGCAUCAAGCCCAAGAACAUCGUGGAGAAGAUCGACUUUGACAGUGUGUCCAGCAUCAUGGCCUCCUCACAGUAACUCGGCAGGCGCUUAAUAAAGAUUUAUUGACUUCU